AUGAUGUUACCAGUUACAAGCCGCGGUGUAGUUUACAAUCAAUCGGUCGGUAUUCUUUUAUCGAAUCUUCCUUUGGCACAUUCCUUCAUACCGACUUUGGUUAAAACCGCGGAGGAUCAGUACGAGUAUCGAUUAUAUAUUGGAUAUGAUUACGGCGACUCAUGGUACGACAACAUAAGCAAUUGGCAACAUCUAUCAGAUUUUAUCAGGUUGCAAUUGAAGGCUAAUCGAUCUGGUCUUCGCGUGACUUUUCGAGGGAUUAGACUUCAUGCAAUGGAACAGCGUUUAACCCCGGUAUGGAAUACAUUAGCACAAGUCGCUCAGAAAGAUCAAUGCGACUAUUUUUAUCCAGCUAAUGAUGAUAUGCAGCUUUUAACAAAAGGUUGGACGAGUGCAGCUGUUGAGGCACUCAGAUCGUGCCCUGUUGCCAGCAACUUCGGCAUCGCUGCUUUUAAAGAUGUAGGAGUUUGUAUGGUUCCUACUUUCCACCUUGUGCAUAAAACACAUUUAGAACUGCAUGGUGGGAUAUACUAUCCUGUACCCUCACAUGGAGCUGGUCAAGAUCCAUGGAUCUUCGCCGUAUACCGUCCCUGGAAAUGUGCUUUUCAUCUAAAACAGUAUGAGAUAAAAAAUCACAUUGGUCUUGCGUCAGGUCCACGGUACAAAUACGUAGACGCGCCCCAGUUCGGCCGCUGGAUCCAGCGUGGACGACAAGAAUUAUAUAAUAGACUAUCUCUUUCCCAGUCAUUGUAUAAUCAAUCUUUUGUCAAUUCUUCGCAGCUAAAUUUCGACAUAGUCUGGGACCUACCGUGCUAA